AUGCCCGUUGAACCCCAAAAACCCUAUGCAACGGGCUCCAAAGGAUUCGACCCAGAUGAUUUUUUAGCACAAUGGCCAAAGAAGGCGCAAGCCCUCUCAAAACACGACUUCCGCUCCUCGAUCAUCGACAACUUCAACCUUCCUCAUAAUGAUUCCUAUGUCUACCACGCAAUCGCGAGCGUCACACUCUCUCAAGUCCAAGAAGCCACCAACCAUGGCCGAGAAGCCAAUUUACACGCCUGUUCUGAUGACCUAACCUCAGCUGCCCUAGCUCGAGCUCCCCCACAAGCAGACACAGAAGCCUACACCACCCUCUUCUCGCCAACCACAACCCCCCAAAAAGCCCUCAAAGCCUUCGCCUCCAAUGCGCGCAAAUAUUCCCUCCGCGCCUCCUCGGCCACCUACCUCCACUCCCAACGUCUUCUCCCCUCCCACAUCACCAUUCCCCGCAGCAAAGCGCACAUAAACCCCGCCUACGACGUCUGGGCCCUCACCUGCAAGACCCUCGAAUGGUGCGGUCCCACACCCUCCACGCACCGCGUCAGGUCCGCGCACCACAUCCUGCCCGUGAUGAUGCACCAUUUCGGGUGCGUGGUGCCCAGCUACGAGGCGCUCGAGAUCAUCAAGCAGCUCUCUUCUGGCCGGACAGUCCUGGAUGUGGGUUCCGGAAAUGGAUAUUGGACGUACAUGCUGCGCCGGCAUGGCGUGGAGACUGUUGCUGUUGAUAACAAGCAGUCGGAGUGGCGGGUGAUGUGGAUCGGCGACACGAUUUCUACCGACGGGGUGGAGUUUUUGAGGAAGAGGGAUGGGGGAAAGGGGGAGGUGCUAUUGUUGGUGUAUCCGGUUGUAGGAGGCGAGUUUACUGAGAGGAUGGUGAGGGCGUAUGAGGGGGAUAUGGUGGUUGUGGCGGCGACGCAGAAUCGGAGUGGGUAUACCGCGUUUAAGGACCGGAGAGUUGAUGAGUGGAUGGUGGAGAAGGUUGGGGGAUGGGAGAAGGUGGUGCAGGUGGCCCUGCCGAGUUUCGCGGGGAAGGAUGAGGGAUUGUUCGUUUUUGAGAGGAGGAAGGGAAGACAGUCAGUACAUGAAGCAAAUGAUUUGGAUAAUUAG